GAAUCUUCUCAGUGCAACUCAGCUGAACUCACAUCUGCUGUCACCAUGUCCUACAACUGUUGCUCUGGAAACUUCUCCUCCUGCUCCCUUGGGGGCUACCUGCGCUACCCAGGCUUCUCCUGUGGCUAUUCCUACCCCAGCAACCUGGUCUACCGCACUGACUUCCACUCUCCCAGCACCUGCCAGCUGGGGUCGUCUCUCUACAGCGGCUGUCAGAAGACCUGCUGGGAGCCCACCAGAUACCAGGCAUCCUGUGUGGUGUCCAGCCCCUGCCAGAGGUCCUGCUACCACCCGAGGACCUACACACUCUGCAGUCCCUGCCGGUCAACUUAUGCUGUGUAUCUGGGCUCUGGAUCCAGACGCUGCUAUUCACUGGGUUGUGGAUCGCGUGGCUUCGGACCCCUGGCUUAUGGAGUCUGUGGCUUCCCUUCCCUGGGCUAUGGACCCAGAUUCUGCUGCCCAACCUACUUUCCUUCCAGGAGUCUCCAUUCAUCUGGUUACUGGCCCCUUUGUAGAUCUGGCUUCUACUGA